UAAUAGCUGGAGCAGCGCCCCGAUCCGCACCGGCCGUCGCGGUCGUCGUCGUCCUCCUCUCCUCCCCUCACCUAAUCCCACAUCUAUUCUCAGCCAAAAAGCUCCCCCCUUUCCUCCCUUUUCCCUUUGUUUUUAGGAAGCCCAGCCCCCGCAAUCCGCGGCGCCACACCGCCACAAAGCCCAACCGCCGGGAGCCGGACGGAGCCCGCCUCCUCCUCCUCCUGCUGCUGCUCCUCCUCCUCACUUCCUCGCGGUCCAGGCGCGUCGCGUGGGCGGAGGAGGCGGGGGGUGAGGCCAUGGACGUGGACAGCGUCGAGUGCCUGUCGCUGCCCGACUCCGCCGCCGCCGCCGGCGCGGCCGCGGACGCGGACGACGUCGGCAUCGCGCUGCACGCGCACGGCGCGCUCCUGGCCGCCGCGGCGGCCGCGCGGGCGGCGGCGAGCGCCAAGGCCGGAGGGGGCGCGGCGCCGGGGGCCGGGAGCGGCGUGCACGAGCUGCUCGAGUGCCCCGUCUGCACCAACUCCAUGUACCCGCCGAUCCACCAGUGCCAAAAUGGACACACUUUGUGUUCCACCUGCAAAGCUAGGGUGCACAACCGUUGCCCUACAUGCAGGCAAGAGCUUGGUGAUAUCAGGUGUUUGGCACUGGAGAAAGUUGCUGAAUCGCUUGAGCUUCCCUGUAAGUACUGCUCAUUGGGGUGCCCGGAAAUCUUCCCAUACUACAGCAAGAUAAAACAUGAAGCACAAUGCAUGUUUAGACCAUAUAAUUGCCCCUAUGCUGGUUCUGAGUGUGCUGUGGUGGGUGAUAUCCCUUAUCUUGUUGCCCAUUUGAGGGAUGAUCACAAAGUUGACAUGCAUAGUGGUUGCACAUUCAACCAUAGAUAUGUCAAGUCGAACCCACGAGAAGUCGAAAAUGCCACCUGGAUGCUGACGGUCUUCCACUGUUUUGGGCAAUACUUCUGCCUGCAUUUUGAGGCCUUCCAGCUUGGGAUGGCACCGGUCUACAUGGCCUUCCUCCGUUUCAUGGGUGAUGAAAAUGAGGCAAGGAACUACAGCUACAGUCUUGAAGUCGGCGCCAAUGGCCGGAAAAUGGUAUGGGAGGGCACCCCCCGGAGUGUCCGGGACAGCCACCGGAAGGUGAGGGACAGCCAUGACGGCCUCAUCAUCCAGAGGAACAUGGCGCUCUUCUUCUCAGGCGGCGACCGGAAGGAGCUGAAGCUGAGGAUCACCGGCCGGAUCUGGAAGGAGCAGCAGACCCCGGAUGGCGCCUGCAUACCAAAUCUCUGUAGCUAAGCAACGAAAAAUGUUCAGGAAAACACAGAACUGAGAACUCCACUUUGUGCAACGCUUCAUGUUGUACCUUUGCUAAACAAAUGCUAGGAGGGUAGGACGCUCUUGUAAAGUAAAUUGUGUGUAUAUGGCACGCCAUAUCUUACAGGUUGGCUGAUCAAGCGUUCAAGCUCUCUGUUGUUUCGA